CUAUAGUAAAAACCCAAGACACUGACCCCGUAUACUAUACCUUUGUCGCCUUUCUUCCCUCGUCGAGUUUCAGACCCACUACAUCUCUUCUUUCCUUCUUCUUUUCUUCAAGUUGACCUCCGAUGUCUGAAAGUUUCCUGUCCACCUCUUUCGAACCAUACUGGCUUCCUGACAACCAACCAAAAAUUUCCCUCCACCUCCAUUUCGGUUCCCCAUAAAAGCAACGAUAGAGUUUCCAAAACUUUCGUCCCUAGCUCCAUUGCCGACAAUGCCGCUUGUCUUUUCGUCCGUUUCGCUGUAUCUUUAGGUUUUAUCCUGCAAAGUGUCUUCGCCCGUGGUCCAAGUACCAGCUACCUUUGCCCUCUGCCAUUUCCAACUCUCGUAUCUCUUGGGCGAAAUUUACCCAAUCUUUUGAAGGGACUUGGGUUUGUCUUGUAGACCGGUUUCCACUACAAAAUCAACAUGCGCAAAUGGAGGUAAACCACCACUCUCUGUAAGCGUCACACGUCAACUUCCAACUCUGAGCACCGACGCCCUGCAUAUAAAUCGGCAACCACGUGACCGAAGACGCGCUCCUUCCAUCGUUACUUCUUACGCUCGUGCAAGUUACAUCCUUGGCAGCACCCCAUGGAGGAGGUUGAAAUCCAACGAGAUCAUGACCUAUGGAGCAAAGGCUUAGAGGAUAUCUUCAUAGAUAUGGUGUAUGAAGAAAUCAUUAAUGGAACACUGAAGGGAGGUAAAAUCACUAAUAAAGACCAUAUGAGACUUGCUAAACGGAUUACUGCCGUUGGUAUGAAGGUAAUUGAUUCAGCACAAGUGAAGGCCAAACUUGUAUGCCUAAAGGCUAAACAACAGCUAUUCACUGAUCUCAUGGGUCAAACUGGAAUGGGUUGGAACCCCAAGACUAACACUAUGAUUGGCAGCACAGAAAAUUGGGCAAAUGCAUUGAAGGUGAAUCCAAGUUUUCAACAAUUUAAGACACACGGAUGCCGGAAAUACGAUAUUCUCUGCACCAUAUUCGGCCAGGCUGUUGCCACAGGCAUCCUCCAUCAUGCCUCCACGCAAGAGCAACCAACUAGUGACAACGAGCUUCCGACUAGUGACGAAGAGCCACCAAUUAGUGAUGAAGAGCAGCACCUUCAGGAGUUGUCCAUUGAUGUGGAUGACAUGGACAUGUCCUUCCGAUCAGGGAGACCAUCAUCAAGCACGUCCGCUCGUAACUCACACCGACGACAGAGGGCAGGGACCUCGAUGCAAUUACCACCAGUGAUUAGCGAGUGUCUGGAUGCAAUUACUAGCUGUGCUGCAGUGAGGGCUAACUUGGAUGAAUUAUUGUAUGAGAAAAUGAAAGGGAAGCGCUCUAAAGUCGAAAUGAGUUGCAAGUCUGCUGUUGGUUUUGAUCGCCAUUCGCGCUGCAUCCGAUUGUUGGAUGAGAUUACACCCCCCCUGACAGCUGAGCAAUAUAACUUAGCGAGUAAACGAUUACUUGAUCGGGUAGUUCAAAAUGGCUUCCUUGCAUUAUCUGAAAGUCGCAGGAGUCAAUGGGUUUGGAGUUUGCAUUGAGUUGGCAGACAAUUAUCUACUCAGCAGUGCUAUAAUUUCAAGCUUAUCAUUCAGAGCGAUAAGCAUAAGUUUCCUAACAUUUAUUUUGUACUAGCUGUAUCACUUUAUAGUUACGGAAUUUGCAUGUUUGCUAAUGUUUUUUCAUCCUAA